AUGCGCGAGUUUAUGGACUAUGUCCACAGCGCGUUUUACGAGGCCACGGGCUGGUCCCGUGACAAUUCGUACGCGGCGCUGAACGCCACCAGUGAUGCUCUCUUGAACUUCCCGACGCCGCGCGGUCUGCGCCUCACACUCUCCGCGCUCGCGAGCCCCAACUUUGCCACGUCGUACCAGCUGGGCUCCGUCGGCGUCGUCGACGGCUCCAUCUCGUACCUCUUCUCGUCGGUGCCGCUGCGCGUGCUGCUCACACCACAGUCGGAAAAGGUGGCGCUGCCCGCGCUGCUGCGCUCCUACCGGCCGCUGACUCCGCUGACGCUGGGCACGACGACGGCGGGCGGCCCGAGCCCCGACGACGACGCCACCGGUGAGCCGCAGGCGUCGCUACUCUACGGACGACUCUAUCUACCGCAGUCGCAGCUCGAGGCGCUCGUGGUACGGCGGCUCUCGCGGCACCUGCAGGUGCAGUUUAGUGCCGUGUCGGGCCAGCACCUGCGCAACGGCGGCACGACGCUGGGCCUCGCGCAGUACGACGUGGGCAAGUACGCCGUCGAGGGGCUCGCCUCGUCCGACGGGGGUCUCCUCGGCCUGCGCGGCACGUACAACUUUGGCGGCGACGCCGAGCCGCCACGCGACGUCGCGGCCCGGAACGGGAGCGAUGAACCGACGAGGACAACAACGCCACCACCGCCGGCGCCGGCGCCAAACGGCGAAAAGGAGCGCAUCUACGGACGCUUCAGCACCGGUGCCGAGAUUUACUACGGGACGCUCAACAAGUCGGGCGGCAUCAGCCUGGCGGCCCGCUUCGCGACGCUGCCGUCGCACAAGGGCACGCCGUUGGCAGCGACGCUGACGCUGAACCCGCUCAUGGGCAGCGUCGGCGCGAGUUACUCGGUCGUCGCGGGCCGUCACUGCACCCUGGCGACGCGCAUGGAAUUCAACGUGUUUAGCUAUGAGAGCGCCUGGGCUGUUGGCAUGGAGCUGUGGCGCAAGCCGUUCGUGCGGCCUUCACCAGACCCAUCGGACGGCGAAGGCCCGUCCUCGUCGCUGCCACAAAUACCACCGACACCGACAUCAUCGCCUGACGAAACAAUCGGCCCCCGCUCCCCGCCGGAACGCAGCUUUAGAGCUAAGAUGGAGUGGCGCCUGGAUGAACCACCACCGCCGGAGCACAAGGGGCAGAAGCUGCUCGCCAAUAGGGCGGAUGAUGCGGCGGCGGCCUCCGGGGCGGCCUACGGGACCCCAUCGGCAGGGCCGACCACCCAGGGCCAAGAGCCCGAGGUGGUCGCCGGGCGCGAAACGGAGCUUCUUAGCCAGCCGGGGUCGCAGGCGCAUGAAGAGUAUGCGGGGGUGCUCAAGGCUCGUUUCGACCAGAACCUGCGCAUUGGGCUGCUGUGGGAGGGCCGGGUCAAGUCGCUCCUAUUCAGCCUGGGGAGUGGCAUUGACCUGCGGCACUUGGACAAGCCAUUUCGCACUCUGGGUCUGGAAAUACAAUUUUCGUCUUGA